UUCUGUGUUGUUUCAUUAGUGGAGUACAAAGUCUAUUGUGAAAAGCUUCAUCUCAACAAUAUAAUGUGAAUUGCAGAAUAUCCAAUUGUAAUCAUUGCUUUGUAUUUAAUUCUUGUUUCCAAUUUUGAGUCAUCUUCCUCAAUUUUCAUUCGGUAAAAGUUGCUGUUUUUACCAAGAAAAGGUCCAUUUUCCUUCCAUAGGAAUAUAUAUCUGUGUGUGUAAGUGUGUUUUUAUUCUUCUCUGGCUUGGGGAUUUCACAUUUGUUUGUAGAUUGGGUCAAAGGGCUAAUGAUUCUUGAAAUUGUAACUUAAUUAACAUAGGCCAACAUAAUUUAUGUGUUUUUUCUCCACACUUUCUCUAGUUGCUGUUCAUCAUAUAUUGGAUUUCUUAUGUAGUUUCAUAUGCCUUGUUUCCUUAUGCGUCACUGUGUUUUAUUAUGUGCUAAGACAGUUUACAUUUGUAUUAUAUUGUGUGGCAUCCGUCCAUAGAAUAAACAACAAAGCUUUGCUGUGAGAUCAUGUUCUCUCAAUAUUGUAUCAUCAUGGGGUAGUUGGAUUUGGCUUAUUUUGUAUUGCAGAAAAAUUUCAAGUUUCUUACUGAAGUUUCCUCUAGUUCGAGUAGAACGAGGAAAGGAUUAUGGAUCAUCAUAAUCCAGAACUAGAAUCCAGACGGAGUGGCUCCUUUGGUCGACUGAGUGCAGCGAGCUCUUCAAGAAGGCGCUCAUUGAGCACAUCUUUUUCUCUGCCACGACACGCUGAUGAUGGGAUUGAGAGUGAAUCUGUCUCGGAGGCAGGGGAUAUUGGUGACAGGGCCCUUCACAGCACUAGAGUCAGUGCAAGUGGCAGGAGUCACUUCUCCUUGGAGAAUUUCGCAGAGAGUGGCGCUGUCGUUCCAGUUCAAGACGACACGGGUGCUUCUUUUCCGGUAGCACCAGAUUUGGAGAACAUUUCCCCCCUCUCUGUUGAUGCUAUGGUUCAAAAUGGAGAAAAGAAGAUUGACGAGAAAGAAGUUCCGUGGUUGUUAGGGUACAUUACCUGUCUCCUUUCUCUUGCUGUCUUUGGAAUUCUUGGGAUUCUAGUUCGAUACGGUCUUCAAAAUCUCUUCGGACCAGAUGUAAUUGGUGCAACGAGUGACCGGAGUUACAUGUACCCCGAUCUCCCUUCCAAUAUGGUUGCUCUCUCUGUCUCUCUAUGUGCAUUUGACAUCUGCUUGAUGGAAACUUACCUUGCUUUCUCGGGUUCAUACGUUCCUCAGGUAGGUUCGUUUCUGAUGGGGUGGUUCGGUGUGGUCUUCAAAGCCGACAUCAUGAAAGUAUCGGAUCAAUUAGCUAUUGGUUUAUCAACAGGUUUCUUAGGAAGCCUCACAACCUUCAGUGGCUGGAAUCAGAAGAUGCUUGACCUCAGCGUUAACGGCGAAUGGAUAUUCGCAGUUCUUGGCGUCGUUAUAGGCUUGUUUCUAGUCGCCUACUCGAUCAUUUUCGGGAUUGAGACCGCCAAGGGCUUGAAAUGGCUAUUCCACAGACGACCAAACGCACGACCUAUCUGUUCUUGCUUCGGUGAUUCCAUCUCCCACAAGUACUACUGCCUAACGACAUUCAUGGUGAUGCUUCUGCUGACGCUAGCCCUGCUGUGGAGCGUGUUUGGAGCCUUAGAAAAACGAGAGUUUGAUUCUGGAAGCAGCGAGGCGCAGCUGUUCCUAGCCUGCAUGGUGGGGCCGUUGGGCGUCUGGAUUAGGUGGUACUUGGCUCGUCUCAACGGGCGUGGCCUAGGCAGAGACGCCGCGCUGAAAUGGAUGCCCUUCGGCACGCUUGCUGCCAAUGUUUCUGCUGCUUGUGUCAUGGCUGCACUCGCGACGCUGAAAAAGGCGGUGAGAAGUAAGGAGUGCAAUACUGUGGCAAGUGGGGUCCAGUUGGGUCUGCUUGGCUGCCUGAGCACGGUGUCGACGUUCGUCGCGGAGUUUCAUGCGAUGAGGGAGAGCAAGCAUCCGUGGAGGGCUUAUGCUUAUGCAGCCAUCACUAUUGUUGUUUCAUUCACUUUGGGAACUCUUAUCUACUCUGUUCCAGUCUGGGUGAGGGGUUAUGACUAAAACAAGGCCGAUUUGAUCUCGUCCGCACGGGGGCUAGGUACGAUCUCAUUCAUUGAAAUUCUCGAGUCGGAAAAGAGCUGGUAAGAAAUAUUGCUAGAAUUCUCAUGAUCAGUCUCAAGAUGAUAAGUUCAAAUAUGAUUUAUACUUUGUAUUACAUUAGUAAUAGAUUUAUAAUUGUAAAGUAAUGAGGGGUUUUAGGUUAAAAAAUGAGCUUCUCCUCCCUAUCUGAAAAUGAUGAUCAUCUUGGUUGAGGGGUUAUGACUAGAUUAUUACAAGAAGCAGCAUUGAUCAUUGAGGGAGCUUGUUAAGUUUACAAUAAGCAUAAUUUUCGAA